AUGUCGAGUAGGGAGCAUCAUGGGAACAGGUGGAUCCUCUAUCUGAGAGACCACUUCUCUAAAUUUAGUUGGUCAUAUGCACUCUCAUCAAAAUGCGCUUCAGAAGUUGCAGAAAAGUUAACAUCACUUUUCUGUCUUUUCGGUCCACCUAGAAUUUUGCAGUCAGAUGAUGGCAGGGAGUUUUCUAUACAGUUGUUUGAUGAACUUGCCACAGUUGAAAUGGAAAAUGAAGAUUUACUGUUGAAGUUGGGGAAGUGGGUAGAAGAAAAUCCCCACAAAUCAUGGGUUGACGGCCUUCAGUAUGUAACAUAUACCCUCAACACCACAGUUAGUUCCACAACAGCUAAAUCACCAUAUGAAGUUGUGUUUAGACAACCACCACACACAGGCAGUGCCCUCCUGGGCAUCCUAGUUAAACAAGAGCCGGAUGAAGAAGUGACCAAUGAGGAGGAUAUGGAAGGUUUCUUCACAGACUGCGACCAGCUUGACCAGACUGAGCAUGGGUCAGGGCGGAACCAGCACCCGAGUAUGAGGUAA